AUUUUAUUCGUAUGUGACUCGUAUCCCCGUGAUGUGCCAUUCACCGCCUGGACUAUAAUAAUUUGAAUACUAUGAAGAAGCAACAACAGGGAGAUAACAGUGGAGGGUCAUGAUGAAGGUGGAGAGGAGGAGGAGGAGGAAAUCCAAACCGGCAUCACGUAACUGCAAGAUCAACGUUGUGUAACUUUUACUGUUGCGUAUUUCACCGAUGUGAGUUAAAAAGGCACAAACAUGCGCCGAUUCAUCAAUAAUGAAAAAAUGUUGACCAGAUGGGAGCCGCAGGCCUUUGAAUUAGGUUCCGGCCCGCCCACGUCCACUUUUAACCCUCGUAAGAUUCCAAGGCCUACGGCUGGGUCCGGCACACGCGUAUAAUUGGGCAGAAAUUCGUCCGAUCUGAUUAUUUCAAUCUUGCGAGCUUAAUGGGACCCAAGGGCGCCAAAACAAUUUAGAUAAGGCCCGUUGGAGUGCGCGUAACAGAUGCCAUGCAAUCCUAAGAGAAGGGCUCGCGGCCUUCCAGGUCCGUCCGACUGUUUACACCAUUUGGGCCUUCUUAAUUAAAUAUAAAAGCGAGCGGGAGAUCAACAUAAAUUAAGUUUCCGAGUUACCAAAACGCGGAGCGUCUGUCAUUGGUCGGAGAUUCCUUGGUAAACACUUGCUCUUUCAUUUCGGAUAUUAGCCGGCCUGCUGAAGACGAGCCACUUAAUGGAAGAGAGAAAAAAGAAUGAAAGAGAGGAAAAGAAAAGGAAAGAGAAUAACAAAAAAGGGAGCCAGAAAGAGAAAAUAAGUGGCAGGUGCUCGUGGUAGAUAUGGCAUACCACCGUUGCGGAUCUUUGUCGGCCAAUACUUACCUCCCGCGUAUUUCCAACUCUGUUGAAACAUCUUUUCUUCGAGCUUUCUUGCCUGAGUGACUUCAAAAGAAUUUUGUCAUUACAGGUUUGUGCAGGUUUGAACGUGAAUAUACAAUACGAAACUCGAAAUAUUACAAGAAUUUACCUCGCAAUAGGAAGGAAGGAAUUAUGUUGUGUUGGUCAACUCUGAAGAAUGAUACUCUAAGGGGACCAUGCAUUCAAUAUUCACCAGCACUGUCGCUCUUGGGCCUUUGGCAGUCAGCUCCGAGAACAAGAAAGGAUUGGCCACUGUUCGCUAAGGUUGUAACCUGCUACUGCGACUGUGUUAGGCUGUGGUUGUGAUUUCUUGUCACGCAUUAUGAUGAUCAACGUGCGAAAUGCGUAUAAAAAUUGGAGUGAUUAUAUGGGUUCCCGGCGAAUUACGGAGUACAUCAUUACUUGUAAUCAACUACGCAUAUCAAACUUAAUCGACAUUUAAGAGGCAAUUAUAAGAGGUACACAAAAGCAAGAAAGAAAAAAGUUUUCGGAAACAUCGGACGAACUCUUGAUCCCAGCGCGUCGACUCCAAUUCAGACAUAAUUGAUGCGUCGACCGCACACGCGCUCAGUGCGUCGAAGUGGGGAGGCGGCGGAAUGGGGUGACGGCGCCGGCCGGAGGAAGAAGAGCAUUGGGAGGGGGAUCAGUAGCGGCACGCAUCUGACGCAUCUAUGUAUACUGACGCGGAACUCGGAAGAGCGGUGUUCACAUUCAUUCGUCUGCGAGCCGCUGCGUCGUACGGUCGCGUUCUCCCCACAAUCAAUUGACAGCGUACGGUAGACAACUAGCCGGCUUUCUAACUCUAUCAUCCUCCCUUGCGAGAGGGAUCGCUGAUUCCCGCAUGAGCUGACAGACGAUCUCUCCUUUUCUUCGCACGAACUAUCAAUAGAAAAAUAAAACUAAACGGAUCGCUGUCAAGAAGACAAUUUGGAGUGACAGUCGACGUUCUGUUAUCGAAGGAAACCGGCGUGACGCCGCUCGUCGUCGGAACGGUAUCCUGCACGCUUCUGCACGGCAAAAUUAGCGUGGAAAGUGCCUGCACGCUUCGUUUCGCCUCGCGAAGAUUGAGGAAAAAAGAGAACAGGAAACGGAACACUCGCAAGCUCGUAGACUGAAGUUUCCUUUUGAAAAUCGCGCGGGUUUCACGCAAUAUCUCGCUGUAAAUAUCUCAACUGCGAUUAUAAGAUUCGACCUUUUGAAUUUGACUCGUCGCGUAGUGUUUGGAACUGAGACAGUGUGAGUUAAGUGUGCUGUGACAGCUGCGGAAACACUUCCGGAGAAAAUGGAACCGAUGAGGAUCCUGUUGCUGAUCGUCCUUCUGGGUGCCGCCAGCUGUCAAAAUGGCACCGUAAUUAUGAGCGAGACUAUUCAAGAUUACGAUAUCCAAGUCAUGGUGGGCUGUUAUUUUCCUGCGGAAUUCCAGGGCGAAUUCGUGACACAGGACAACGGAAAGGGCGUCGGAAGCAUGGCGAACGAGCCUAUUCAGUAUUCUGUCAUUAACAUCACCUUCAACGCGAUACCGGCAUGGGGCUACUGCUACAAGAGAGUCGGCGAUAACGUGCUGUUAAGGGACAGAUAUAAUGAUAAGGACUGCAUAAGGUGUUUCCGGCUGUUGCGGAGGUCGCGGAACGUCAUCGAAGUGUUCUCGGAAGCUCUCGACAGGUGUUAUACAGACGAGUUGGCUGCCUUGGCCUCCUGUGACACACUGAACUCCACCUCGAUCUUAUACCGUACAAAAGAAAUCGGCGAUGUGAUGAUUCGGAAUGAAUACUGCCCUAUUACUGGUUUAUAUCAUUUCAAAUACACCCUCAACAAUAAUUCCGCGUUAUCAUUCGAGUGCAACACAUUCUCUUCCGAAUUCAGUAAUUGCCCGGAUGGUUCGAUCUUACAUUUGAACUUCAAACGAUGCAACUUUGAAAUGCACGCAGAUCUCGCAUACAAUUGUUUGGGCAGCUGGCCUGGACCGAACGGUUCCAAUUAUGUUGCUCUCUGGAAUAGCAUUGCCAACGAUAGCACACCUCAAUAUAGAUGCGGGCUAUUCCACGUAGAUAACAAAAAAGGAAAGACUUAUAUGGCAUUUAGUAGUGAUUCGAGCUGCACAAGAGAUUAAAAUUCGACUAGCGGAUAUGAGACUUUGAUUUUGAGCAAAAGUUUAAAUCAAAAGAAGGUGCCAGAAUAUGUGAAGACUCAUGUUGCCACAUUCCCAAAAUGGGCACAAGGUGUGUGGGAGCAGUCUCUCAUAGUUAAUGGCACUAUGACUUUCACCGAUCUCAAUGGCUACAAUAGUUAUACUUUUAUUACGGUGGAGUCCAACGAAGAGACUGGUCGUUACGUUGUGUAUUCGAAAAAUCAGUGUGAGGAAGCUGCCUUUGUAUGCUUGAUGAUGAGACAGCGCAGUGAAAACGUAUUAGAAUUUACGAUAGGGCAGGUCCCUAAUCCAGUUCAUCGGGAUGGUUUAUGCGACGACCCCAAUCUGGACAAGCCGGUGUGGAUGACUCAAGCACGUAUCGAGCGCGCAGUGGAGUCACCUUGUCCAAUUACGGGCCAGUAUACAGGGAUGAUAACAGAUCUAUCAGGAAUGUGUGCGGAAUUAAGCAGCAAUUGCAACACUCGGGAAAUAAUGUAUUUUAAAGUGAGCGACUGCGAAUCCGGAGAACUGUAUGAAGAAAGGACAUAUUUAUGCUUGGGACAAUGGGAGGAGAAAGGUGUAAUGUAUACUUAUACCAUGAGAAACGACACUAGUACAAAUGAAUGCUUCGUGGGUCUGAUUGUCAACGAUGAAGAAAUAUAUAUCAAGGAAGCUGGUGAUCAUUGCAUACGAAAUAUAGAUCCCAAAACGGAGGGUAUGCGUCUCUAUAGAAAGGGACUAUGUUAUGGAAAUUCGCCGAGUCCUGCGCCUACUCCGUUGAAACCGACCCCUCAUAAUCCAAUAAUGAGAAUUACGACGACUCCGCGAUCGAGAUUAUCACUAACUACUCGUGUGCCAGGAAACGAAGUUUCAUCAGCUUCUGACAAAUCGAGAACGUGCAUGAAUUUUGUACUUCUCAUCAGCAUCCUCAUUGCGUUCUUCGAAGUAGCUUCCUCAUAUAAGCAUGAAUAAUGAUAAUGUCUUUCGGAAUCAAUAGUUACCGAAGUAGUUAAUGUAUACUGAUAUUCCGAUGCACACAUUGCUGCAUUUUUGUUAUUUUUGUCUGACCGACAAUCGAGAAAUGUGAGAAGAGCAGUUAUUUAUUAUAAAGACCGACUUAAAAUGAUAUUGUGGAAAGUGUAGAAAAUUUGUAUAUUUAUACUUUAUUUUUUUCAAAUCGCGCACAUUACUCUGCAUUUUGCGAGAUUAUUUUUUCAAUAGAAUUAUAUAAUUGAAUGAGAAAUGUACGCUAUUCCAUCGAAUGAGCGACAUAAGAAAUCUUACAAGAGAAAUAUUUUUUAACGAUUUUGAAGAAAAUACAAAAGAAAGAGUUAAAAAUAUAUUAUAAACUCUUCGCUGAUAAUAAAAUUGUGAUUAAUUGCUAUUUCUUAUAUACUGUGGAUCAUUACAUUACUAUUUAUUUAAUUAGUUUUAAUAGAUAAAUACGGGAGAUAUUAGGUCUCGACAGUCAUGUUUUAUGUAUUGCUUCAUAUGAUACAAGAAGUUUUACGUUAGACUUUCGUUCAUGAAAAUCCAAAGAGCCGUUGUCUGCAUGCAAAUAAAUAAUGAUUUUUUAUGAAACAAGCAUCACAAAAUACAAAAACAAUGAUAAAAAAGAAAUUUACUACAAUUUUGUAAAUAAUUAUA